GCAUGUGAACUUCACUCAAGAAGAAUGGGCUUUGCUGAAUCCUUCACAGAAGUGUCUCUACAAAGAUGUGAUGUUGGAGACCUACAGGAACCUCAGUGCUGUAGGCUACAAUUGGGAAGACCAUAAUAUUGAAGAACAUUGUCAAAGUUCCAGAAGAUAUGGAAGGCAUGAAAGAAGUCUUACUGGAAAGAAACCCUCUGAAACUACUCAGUGUGGUAAAGCCUUUGCAUGUCACAGUUAUCCUCAAAGGCAUGAAAGACUUCAUACUGGAGAGAAACCCUGUGAAGGUAUUCAGUAUGGUGAAGCCUUUGUACAACAAAGUAGUCUCCAAAUACAUAAAAAAAUCCCUACGGGAGAGAAACCCUACAAAUGCAAUCAAUGUGGUAAAGCCUUUACACGACAUAGCACUCUCCAAGUACAUAAAAGAACACAUACUGGAGAGAAGCCCUAUGAAUGUAACCAAUGUGGCAAAGCUUUUGCAUAUCAAAAUUAUUUCCAAGUACAUAAAAGAAUACAUACUGGAGAGAAGCCCUAUCAAUGUAAGCAAUGUGGUAAAUCCUUUGCCUCUCAUGAUCAUCUUCAAAGACAUGAAAGAAUUCAUACUGGAGAGAAGCCCUACAAAUGCAAUCAAUGUAGUAAAACCUUUACACGACACAGUCAUCUCCAAAUGCAUAAAAUAAGACAUUCUGGAGAGAAACCUUACAAAUGUGAUCAAUGUGGUAAAGCCUUUGCAUUUCAUAGUACUCUCCAAGUACAUAAAAGAAAACAUACUGGAGAAAAGCCUUUUGAAUGUGGUCAAUGUGGUAAAGCCUUUGAACGUCAGAAUAAUCUUAAAAGACAUGAAAGAAUUCAUACUGGAGAGAAACCCUACAAAUGUAAUGAAUGUGGUAAAGCCUUUGUACGUAAUGCUAGUCUCCAAGCACAUAAUGCAACACAUACUGGAGUUAAACCUUAUGAAUGUAAGCAAUGUAGUAAAUCCUUUGCCUCUCAUGGCCAACUUAAAAAACAUGAAAGAAUUCAUACUGGAGAGAAACCUUACAAAUGUAAUGAAUGUGGUAAAGCCUUUGUACGUAAUGCUAGUCUCCAAGCACAUAAUGCAACACAUACUGGAGUAAAACCUUAUAAAUGA